UUAGUGGCGUCACUUCCGCUUCCUGCCGCUCGCGGCCAUUUCCACUCCUCCCGCGCGACUCUCCGGCAGAGGCGCGCGCGCUCCCGCUCUGACGUCGCUGGCGCUCCAAGGGGUGACGGGACCGCGGAAUCGCAGCUAUGACUGAGGCUGAUGUGAAUCCGAAGGCCUACCCCCUCGCAGACGCCCACCUUACCAAGAAACUACUGGACCUUGUUCAGCAAUCAUGUAACUACAAGCAGCUUCGGAAAGGAGCCAAUGAAGCUACCAAAACCCUCAACAGAGGCAUCUCUGAGUUCAUCGUGAUGGCUGCAGACGCGGAGCCCCUGGAAAUCAUCCUGCACCUUCCGCUGCUCUGUGAGGAUAAGAAUGUGCCCUACGUGUUCGUGCGCUCCAAGCAGGCCCUGGGGCGGGCCUGCGGGGUGUCCAGGCCUGUCAUCGCCUGUUCUGUCACCAUCAAAGAAGGCUCCCAGCUGAAGCAGCAGAUCCAGUCCAUUCAGCAGUCCAUCGAAAGGCUCUUAGUCUAAACCCGUGGCCUCUGCCCCACUCCUCACUGAGUCCUCCCCCUGGGGUUGCGUAUCACACCAUCUGUGUCCGCAUGUGGUUUCUCCAGCUCCCUUCUCGUUGUAUUCUAGUACUAAAUCUGGGGUUUGCAUUUUUGUAUUAUUUUUGUUUUGUUUUAUAGGUGGUUUUUCAUAUACGAAUCCCUCACCUCACCCCUGGUCUCAUUCUACUCUCUCUGCCGUCCCGUCCUCUUUUGAGAAAUGAACUAAUGCCGAAAACGGGCGGAAACAGAGUGGUGACACCAUGCAAAGGCAGGGAAGAGCCAGGAUAGAGAUCUGGUUCCAACAUUCAGGCGCUCACUUCCUGUUGUGUGUAGGGCUUGAUGGAUGUAUACGCCAUUCACUUUGUAUCCCUUGUGCCUGGAGUACGGAAUCAUUCCAUAUGUGUUUGCCCUCGGGGAGUUAUGUAUCAUUUGGGGAGAAAGCAUGUAUUCCGUGAGGUUCUUAGGUGUAUGUCCAAGAGUCAUUUGCCAGUAUACCCCUGCUGUCUGCUUUGGUCAUGUGAUGUUAUUCCCCUUCUUCCCCAACUCCCAGCCAUGCCCCGGAGGGUGGCGGGGCAGCAGCAUACCAAAGAGAUGUGCUGCAGAGUUCCAGAGGCUGCCUGGGCCAGGUAGACAUGAGGCAGCUGACCUCGGUCUUGAAGGAGUCCAGAGGGGCUAGAAAAAAGAGGGUCAGCUGAUGCUGGAAUGAAGAAGUCUGGGCAAGUCACAGAGACCUGACUGGAAGCUACAGCAGAGACGUUGGAAUCAAGGAAGCAUCCUCUCUGGUGAAUGGAGAUGUCUGCCGUGGACACUUGGCACCAGCUCUGAGAGCCCUGACUCCAGUUCCCUGCCAUGACGUAGGUCAGAUGUAUGUAUUCUUUACCACUUAAGAAGGACAGUGCUAGCGUGUCAUUCUUGUGAGCAUCCUAAUAAAGAAAUAUAUUCAUAUUCCAA